AUGUCGCUGAAACACAACGAGGAAUUCAAAUAUGCAUUAAAAGAUAUAGCAAAUAAUUCUUUCAAAUUAGAAAAUGAGUUUGAUAGAGUCCGUUGUACGGAAUGGGUUCAUAAGCUGGUUAUGUUGUCCGACGAUUCGUUAGAAAAUAUUAAAAUUCGCAAUGAUUAUGCUCAAUACUUACGUAUUAUGAUUAGAGCUGGUGUUUUGCAUGGAAUAUUCUCAGACAGUCCUCCGACAAUAUUAGCACCCUUUCCUGAAGCUAUGGGAAAGUUAGUAGCAUCAAAAAUUAAAAGUUUACCGCCUAUGGGGCCAAUCAAUGUGUAUAUGAAACACUGGUCUCCGGAUGGAAGAGCUUAUGUGGCAAUAAAACCAAUACCAGGAAAAGGAGUUUUGACCUAUCUAUCGGUCACUCCACAACCUGAUGGACCACGUGAAUAA